UAGGUCGCUCAGAUAAGUUCUGUCGAACGGCGGUCGGUCUUCUCCUCAUCCCCUCCCACUGCAAGGACGUCCCCGCAAGGAGAACAGCGAAGACACUCGGUGGGCGUGGGCCUUCACCGGCCAAUCGGAAUCGAGCACCGGCUCAUCUCUCUGGACCACUUCCUGCUCCCGGGCAGCGCGAGUGACACCGCGGUGCAUUCCAGCACUGCGACGCCGAGCUUCUACCGUUUCGCCUGCUGGCAUCCUGCCGUUGUCGCGGCAACCGAUUACGAGGACGGAUCAGCUUCUCUUCCCUUUUGUUCCACACUGAAUAUUUCAGAUCCCUGCAGGCGACGGGCAGAGGAGGACAGGAGGUGGGAGGCAGGAGGCAGCUUGUCCGGUCAGGCGUGAGCACGGGCACAGAGAGUGAUCGAGCGAGCGAGGGGGGGGGGGGGGGCAGAGAGGCUAUUGAGUGGAAAGGAGCUGAGCACAUCGGUAACAUCCCUGCGGCUGCAUGCGCCGUGCAUGUCGGCCGUUCUGCGUGUCGCCCACAUGAGCGAGCCGGCUCGGUCAUAGGGUCCCACCGCACGCCGGGAGGAUGGCAGGUCCCAUGAGCUCAACCCGCCUCAAGAGGGGGGGCAGCAGAGCCGCCAUUCCCGUACUCUUCACCAUCAACGAAGAGGAUGAGCAGCAGCGGAGCGGCGCUUCCCGGAGGGUGGCAGGAACACACUCGCAGCCCAGGCCCGAGGAGAAGAAAACCCCCAGUCGGCCGACGUCCUCCGGACCUGGGCAGAACCCCGGCGCCAGCUCUGGAAGUAAACCAGAGCCCAUUGCGUUAAAGAUCGACGAGCGGCUGCGUCAGGCUCGGGAGAGGAGGGAGGAACAGGAGAAGCUGGUCGCCCUGCGCGAGUCGGCGUGGCUGGAGCGCGAGCAGAGGGCGCGGCUUUUCUACGAGAAGCAGCUGGAGGAACGGCGCCGGAAGCUGGAGGAGCAGCGCUCCAGAGAGGAGAAGCGCAGGGCUGCCGUGGAAGAGAAGCGGAGGCUGAAGCUGGAGGAGGAGAAGGCUCGCCAUGAAGCGGUGAUACGCCGAACCCUCGAGCGCAGCCAGAAGCCGAAGCAGAAGCCCAACAGGUGGUCCUGGGGAGGAGGUCUCCAUGGAAACGCCGUCCACACCAGUGAUGCAGACAGGAGGUCAGUUUCCACGGUGAACCUUUCCAAACAUGCAGAGCCCGUCAUUACCAAGCGUCUGUCGUCGUCUUCAGCCACGCUGUUAAACUCUCCAGACAGAGCCUUACAGAAAAGGACUUCCGUGUUAAAUAAACCUCAGUCACACCCUCGCCUCAGCCGAGAGCGGACGUCCCGGGACAAGCCCGCAGCCGCGAAGCGCCUGCCGUUAACCCCAUGGGAGAGCACCAUAGUAAGCCGCCUGCUGACCCCGACACACUCCUACCUGGCCAGAAGCCGCAGCGCCGUGUCCCUGUCUGGGGACGCAGUCAUCCCCGUUUGUCCCCGUUCAGCUUCCUGUCAUCCCAUGAGCGCCACCUCCUUCAAGUCCCUGCAGUGCCGCAGUGCGGAGCGUCCCAGGGCCCCUCUGACCAGCAUGGAUGUAGUCUGCCGCCGUCGGACAGUGGGCACGGCGGAUAAGCGAGAGAAGGACAAAGACUAUGUCAGGAAGUCCUGGAGCAACCUGUCCGUCGCCACGCCUGCCAUCGCUGCGAGGUCCCGCUCCCCGGGCAACAAGAAGAGCAGAAAGUCGGCGCCCUCUCCAGCUCGGGUAGCCAGCAAGCCAACUCCACGGCCCCCCACCCCGAAGCAGGUGAGGUCUCCCCCUCCGGCAGGGCUAGAGCCUUUACGGCCCGCUCUGCCCCUGUCUCCUGGGAACCUGCGGCCCCCCAAGACUCUGCCAGACCCUCAGCCUGAGCCUGGGGGUACGGACCAGGGCAGGAUGGUAGAGCAACCCAACCCAGAGCUGCCAGUGGCUGUAACUAAACAAGAAGCUCCGAUGGAGGUAGCAGGAGCAGAACCACAGCCUGUAGAGGAACCAGCAGAACCAGCACCAGAACACACAGAGAAACCAGCACCCAAAGGCCAGGACCCAGAUGCUCCAGCAGACCAGCUCCAGACCCCAUCCUCUCUGGCCACGCCCUCUCCAGCCCCUUCACCAGCCAGUGCUGCCAAGCCCUCAGCUGGAACCACAGACCCUGAGGAAGCAUCCCGCUUGUUGGCAGAAAAGAGACGGCAGGCCCGCGAGCAGCGAGAACGCGAGGAAGAGGAGCGCAGGCGGGAAGAAGAAGCCGAGAGGCGCAGCAGGGAGGAGAUGGCACGUAGGAAGGCUGACGAGCAGGCGAGGCGCGAGGAGAAGGAACGUGAGGAAAGGAGGAGGAGGGAGGAGGCCGAGAAGCACGCCGAAGAAGAGAGAGCCCGGAGGGAGCAGGAGGAAGCGGAGCGCCUCCAAAAGCAGAAGGAGGAAGAGGAGGCCCGUCAGAAGGAGGCGGCGGAGCAGCUGAGGCUGGAGAGGGAGAGACGCUUCCAGAAGGAGGAGGCUGAGCGGAUGCAGAGGAAGAAGCGUCUGGAAGAAAUCAUGAAGAGAACCCGCAGAUCGGACCCACCCGAGAAGAAGUCAAUUCCCCACAGGAAUGGGGAUCUCUCCCAGGAGGCUGUAGAUGAUACAGCAGCGCCUGCCGCUGGACGGGACGUGUCUUCGGGUGGACAGGUGCGGUCCGGGGGUCCGACGGACCCGCAGCGCGGCGAACUUAACGGCCCCGAACUGGGCACGGGCGCUGGGAGUGCCCCCCGUGUGGCAGACGCCCGGUCGAAAGAGAAUGGAGUUCCGGUGGACGACGAGCACUUUGAGGAGGUCCUCAACCUCCCGGUGGGGAACGCGCUGUCCAGGUUGGACGUGGACGCUGACGGGCUGCUCCCUGUCGUUGCCUUCAAGGAGAACGGGUCUCUGAGGACGCUGGUCACUGUGGAUGAGGUCCAGGUGCAGCAGAGAGCAGAUGUGGUUUGAACAGCUCGGUCCGGCAGACAGCGAGCUAGCGGCCGGCCGGCCAGCACCUGAAUGGGGAUCGUUACUACCUGAACAAGAAUGCAGCUCCUUUCCCGAACUGGCACUGACCAGUCUCUUUCUGCUGGGUUCAGAACACACAACCUUCUCCUGCUCGCCACGUCUCCAUCCAGACAUUGUGGUUCGGCUGCUCCGUGUGGUCUGUCCCCCCUCGGAGAGGCGGCGCUGGGGUGGAGGGUAUGGAGAACUGUACACUGGAACGGGUGGUGAAGCCCUCGUAGAUGAUACUUGAAGAACUGCACGGUCGGGGGGGUAAAGAGUUACCCAUUUCUCCUGGUGAACUAGGAAUAGUACACACUGCUUACUUCUCCCCAUCCAGUUACUUUGAAAUGUGAAAUUAGUUAACUCUUUCUGUUGUAAAGCACACACUCAAAGCUUUAACCAGCUUCAGCCCAUUUGUUACGUUUUCUUAUGUCAUUAGAGCUGAAAUUCUGCAAAACCAAAGAUUCCCGUCGCCGUAAAACACCUUUGGAUGUUGAUGUGAGAUAAAUAUGUUGGAAGUAGAACACGUGGACUCCGUAGGACAUGUGUCGUAAUUCCAGGUCGCUCCCACGCGCCCUCGCUCGCUCUUCCGGCCCGGCUCCUGCGCGUCCUGCUGUCGGACCCGGGACCUUGGAAACGGCGGGACGUCGACCUGCGGGCUGCCGUGGCAAAAGCAGCCCGACGACCCAUUAAAAAUGCACUCGGCUCCAGGAUGUUGUGUUUUGCGAAUCUGGAUUAAUGCAAUCGAAUUGGUUUGGGCACCUGUCAAAUAAAUAAUAUGAGAAAUUUUUGCAAACAUGCUGCUAUUUUGUGAUCUCCUUUGCCUUAUCAGUUGUUCGCGGUGAGGUCGGAGCGAUUGGCCGCUCUCGGCUUUUGCUCGUUUCAGAGCAAAGGGCUUCGAACAGACUCGGCGUUUUUAAGAAGGGUUCCUGAGACGUUUCAGACUUUCACGGCUUAUUUCUCGGUUAUUUCUCCCACUCUCCAGACGCUGGGCUCCGUUUGCUUGGUUAAAUGUGCACUUUUCAAAGCUUCCCGUUUCUACCGCAGAACUGUGUGACGCGCGUUGGAUUUACCCCGGUAGGCCAUUUCGCUGGGACCUGCUACCUGACAUAUUCAGACAUCCAGGGAUCGUGUGAUAUGUCUUAAAAUGUACAACUGAGUCUGCAGAGGUUAAAUACUUCGGUCUAUAAACAGAGAAUUAUGAAAUAGUUUUUAAAAUUAUAUUUUAUUAAAAAGAGUGAGAAAGCUUUGGAAACAGCAACCAGCACAUCUCUUCACUAUGAAGGACGGUUAUGAAAGUCAUUCAGUGUUUUACUUUGUACUGAACUGAGUUCCGGUCCAGAUUUGAGCCUGUUUGAUUUCCUUACUCCGUUCCUGUCCCACGUUUUGUCAACAUAUUUAAUAAGCCCUGUCUGUCAAAACUAAUAAAGCUCCUCCAUUUGAUCUGUAU